AGACUAGAAAGAAUGAUUAUGCUACUGAAAAGCUUCCGCAAACAUUGGAAAAGAAAUUAUGCCUCGAAACAUACUUUAAUGUUUCGUAAAACUAAAGUACAAAACAUGAUUCCACCCUACCGGAUGCGAAGAACCAAAUCCUGGACCCGGAGAGAGCGAGAGAGAAAAAGAACAAGAACGCUUCACAGAUCGAACAACGAAGAGAGCGAACGCGUCAAAGCGAGAGAGGAGCGAUGAUGGAAGAAAAAUAAUACGGUCGCCAUUACGUUUUCGCUUGCUUGAUAAACGUGUUGUUAGGAAAAACCGAAAAAGCACCUCGAAAAAGGUGCCACAAGCGGCCCAAACUAUCAGCAAACAGAAGUUUUCGACACGUUCUACAAGAAAACAGUGGAUGAUCGGUGUAAAGUAUUUAACCGUUCCGGACAGAGCAACGUGCCGCAAUAGUGUAGUAAAGAUAGUGAAAAUAUAUCAGGCUAUUACUGUAGUGUGACGUGUGUGAAAGCCAUCAUCGGCGUGCUCGCUAAUGCUCAACGUUCUUUUGCCCGUCUUCCGGUGGGCGUCGAUGCGUAAUUCCCCCUGCAAUUGCAUCAGUUCGCUACACCCCCAAACGCUACUAUUCCAGUUGUUUACGUAUGCAUUAAGAAACUAAAGGAUACGACCGACCGAUGCAACAUCCUUUGUGACCAAGGCAACAUACAAACAAUAUUUGUGCCGGUGAAGACGUCGAACAAAUACCGCUUGUACAUGUGUGCUUACCAGCAGGAAAUACAAAUUUAAACAAUAAAUCCUCAGUGAGGUUUAAAUUAUGGACAAUGAGAAUGGAUGCGAAGUCACUAUUACUUCAGCUGAUAAAAUUACGUCAAAGGAAAACAAUAUUCAGUCCGAUUGCAUCACAAAACCAGUGGUCGAACGCCACAUUCGUCUAUCAACCUCCAUCGAUACGAAAAUCGCUGCAAUGGAAGAAGAUAAGAAAUCCCCUACAUUGCACUCCGGACAAAAUCCAACAGAACAUGGUUCAGACGAUGGUUCGGCAACGAUCGUUCCAUCGACUUCAGAAGCAAACACCGGUAGCGAGUUGGAGAAACCUUCCGAGAAAUCCCAAACGAGCAUGGCAGAACCGGGAGAAGACGAGAUGGCGUAUAAUGUACUUAAACAGUUGGAAUCUCCUGCUCAUGAAACAGGUGCUGUUCAGCAAGAAGUUGAAGGUGCCGCCCACAAUGGCGUUGGAGCUGAGGGAUGCGAAAUUGAUGAAAGUGUGGAAGCAAACGUUGAAUUGGGAAUGGAACAACCAGAUUUGUCAAACCGAUAUGAUGAAAAUUCAGCGAAAGAAUGCGAGCAAAGUGUCACACAGAAUGCGGAUGGUUCGCAUUUCGAGGCAGCCGGAAAGUCAUCCAUUAAAAGUGAGGCUUAUUUCACGGAAGUCGAAGAAAAGGUUUCCGAUGAGAUAAGCCAUGUUAAAGCAAGAGAAAUCAUUGAGGAUCGUACAGAAACCGGUAGUUCUAUCACGGUACAUAGAACAGAACAGUCGGUAUUAAGUUCUACUACGGAGAACCAGCACAAAAACGAUCGCUGCAUAUCGAACAACGUGUCUGUGAAAGAUGAAAAUAUUGAUUCGGAAGAUUCGUGUUCAAAUGCGGAGACCUCAUCAUUAACAAAGCUUACUCAUUCAACGAAAAGUAGUCAAGAAAAUAAUGAAAGUGUAAAUACGAAUUUUGUGAACAUGUCUGGAGCUUCUGAAGCGGAAGAGACAUCUACCAUAGCCGUAAUACCUGCAGACACUAAAAUAGCAUCAAACGAAACAAUAGAAUCGGAGCCAACUAUUAUUACAAAAUCGCUUUCCGAUCCAGAAUGUAAGCGUAGUAGUCCAGUACUACGGUACGCUGCCCUCGGCAAUGACGUUGAUCCGGUUGUCACUAACAAUAGUGGUAACCGUAGUAACGCUAAUAUAGAGAUAGAACGAGCAGGUCAAAAAAUGUCACUACAGAGUAUGGAUGAAAGGAGCAGAUCUACGUCACCCUUGGAGGACGAAGGUGUAAGGAAAAACAAUUGUCCAUUGCCGGAUGGGUCAAGUUCAUGCAUCAAAGAUGUGAAUAUAUUGAAUAGAGAACGUGAAAUAAAAAUGAAAAAUCUGCCAGAUACACUUAUGAAUGGUGGAAGUUCAGCGGCUUUAACAGGAACGAGUAAGCAUGAUUUUUCUGAUGACGGAUUGGCUGAAAGUGAAUCACUUGGGCGACCAGUACACAAUCAGAAGUUCAGUGAGGAAGACGAGGAGAACAACAAACUUAAUACUACAGAACCAGCGACACAGAGCACUAGUCAUCAAGAAAUGGAGUGUUUAGUGGAAAAACAAAAGACGGCUGAGCGGCUGAUCGCUGGUGGUAAUACAUUAAAACGGCGUGCAUCAGACACUCCCCUGGAAGAAGAAGACGAACAGAGAAGGAGGCGUAUGUCGAGUGGCGAAAUCCAGUCCAAGCAGAUAAAGCUGGAUCAGGGGUUCGGUUCCUCAAAUUCGGCUAGAGACGACAGUCUAUGUGAACCUGUCGAAAACGCGUCUCCUCGAUGUAAAGAUGCAAAUACGCGUGAUCUAUCUUAUUGUGAGCCACAUGGUCCGGCAAUAUCUGCGGCAAUAGUUACUGAUUCAGUUCACAUGAUAAAAAACGAAAAGAGCCAAGAAUCUGAACCAUGCUUCGCCAAUGAGAAGCGAGAUGAGGAAAACAAUCUCAAUAAUUCGAUUGAUUUUGAUAAAUCGUCGCUUUCCGUUGAAUCGUUAGCUGAACAAGACAUGAUGCGACCAAUGACGCCACGUGUACCAAAAGAACUGGAAGAACCUCAAGAGAAUUGUGAAGAUAAAACCCUGGAUGUUGCUGAAGAUGAUCGCGAUAAUCGGUUGGAGGAGGCAGAUGACAAUAGUAGCAGUAGCAACAGUUCCAGUUCAUCGGACAGCACGUCAUCGUCAUCCUCAUCUUCGUCUUCUUCAUCCGAAAGUGAUAGCUCUGGUGAUGAGGCAGAAGCAGGCGAAGAAGAAAUUCUACCCGUAAAUCAAUGUGUUGCGGUACCUGAACAACCGCUUGAAACAGCGACGGCAGAAGUGAACGUUAUGGCUGCUCCGGAACCAAUUCCGGUACAAAUGGCACCUUCCGAUCACGACUCUUCGGAGGAAAGUUCAAGGGAUAGUACAGCGAUGGAAGUGGACGAGUCGGCGGAAUCCGAUGAAGAACGGCCGGGCAACCGGGAGGAUGAAGCCAAAAUUACUCGAAGCGAAGGUUUGAAGCUAUCUAUAUCACUGAAGCGUUCAUCGACUGUUGUGACACCAAGCAGGAGUGAGGAAACGCCAAAAACGGUGUCGAUUGCCAGUUCAGUUCCUCCACCUUUGCAGCCGGUUGAUUUCAGUAAUAUACUGAAAAAGGGUUUACUGUUAAAUGAAAGUAAGGAACUUAUCAAGAUCGACUAUAAUCAAGUACCUGUGAUGAAUUAUUCGCAACAGGUCGCGUCUCCUGGUGAGCCUGCGAAAAUUCGACCAUUGCUAGAAAACGUACCGGUACAGCAACUACAGUAUCGUACAGCGUGGAACAUCGAUGGUGGUGUGUCGGCUGGCAAUAUUUUAAAGAACACACUGAUGUCGAAACAUUUAAGCAGCAUAGGUCAUGGUGGCAAUUCAGUUUCGUUACUGAACACUCCAACUCAGGACGAAUCAUCAGAUACGAUGGACGAAGAUAAUCGUUUGGUGAUAGCGGAAAAACAGCGCCGCUAUCGAAAGAAGAAUAGCAAUAACCAACCACCAGUAAAUGCUGCGAUGAACCAGAUGAACCCAAAUUUUUACCCAUUUCAACAAGGCCAGCCAUAUUAUCCACAUGUUCCUGAUACGGUACAGAAUAACGUACUCGUUUCGAAAAUCUCAUCAAACACUAGUUUACCGACCAGCGGUGUAUUCGGCGAUCAAAUGCAACAAUUGCAUAACCAGACGUUUCCUCCCUAUUCCACGUUUCCUGAUGUUGAGGCGGAUAGAUUACUCCAGCCCAUUAUCAGCCCAACGAUACACCAGCACACCAAGGCGAAAACUACGAAAGCAAGCAAUAACAAGCGGACGGUGGAACGUAAAAAGAGGAAUCAAUCAAAGCCUGUAGUUGGUACAGUUAGCACAGUGGGCGAUAAUUCCCUAACAGAUGCAGCAUCUUUACCGUAUCCGAUGGUUUCUAAGCAUUUGACUAAGUCGGGAAAAACAAACGAACCUGUUUAUCAGCAUCAGCAGUCACAUCAAUCUACGAUUUCGCUUUCUACCAACCCGUCAGGUUUUCGGAGUAAAAUCAACACCAACAUGCUACCCGAAUCAAUAGCAAAUUCCCAACAGGUUCCAGCGGUCCCACUAUCAGAGAAGAAGAAGGAUAAGAAAAAGGUGUUCCUUUGUUCGCCUUGCGGCACUCAUUACGAGAAUUGGAAUUUGUUCCUGCAUAUGCGAGAGGUACACCGGAAGCACAUUUGUCUGUACUGCUUGGGUAUUUUUCAAUCGGCGGAACGGUUGGUGAAUCAUCUCGGAACAAAGCACGGUGUAUUGAAAAAGCAUCACGCCAGUAUAGAGGAAUAUUUGCAACAGCGGUAUCAUGAUGAAGAACGAAAAGGACCAUUUAAUGGCAGCCUACAUUCGCAGGCAUAUGGUUCGGAUUACAAAAUCGAACAUCAACCGUUUUAUCUAAUGUGCUCCCGAUGUGAGCAUAUGUUCGAAAGCACCACCAAUAGUUUGCUGGAAAUCCGUGGACACGAUUGUGGUAACUAUCUAGAAACAUGCAGCAAUUGUGGGCAGCUGAAACAGUCCAAACAUCGGUGUGAUGGAACGAACGGCACUGUAACCAGCGGCAAAAAGAAAACCCUAAAAAAGACCAGUUUAGGAAUCUCGGCACCAGAAUCACACUGCAACGGUCCUUUUGCGUUUGACGGAAGCAGCACGAAGGCGAAUGGGAAUGUGUUGGGAGGUGGCGGCAUAGUUACCAGUGAAGCUACACCAUCAAAGGGAUCGCUUACAAAAGGUACCGGUAAAUCUUCGAGCAGGAAAAAACAACCAUCAUCAGCACAGCAUAUUGCUUUGCCACAGGAAAAAAAUCAGCAGCAGCUCAUGGGUAGCUGUAUUUUAGAAACACAAUUGCUCCGUGAUGUCAAAAGUGUACUGGAACAGGCUUCAAGCGAUAUGACGGGGCACGUGGCUGGUCUUCAUCCUGAGUUAAGCAAUUUUGAUCCUGCACAAAAUCAACGUACCACACCAAGCUAUGCACAUUUGCAGAGCCGUCCUUUGUUAAAUGGAAGUGUUUCUCAUCAGACGGAAUAUAUGGCACCAGUCAAUACUUCGACUCUUUUGUCUAAUGAACCGGUCACAACUGUCAGCACAUUGUUGCCACCUGUAGAUCAGCAAGUGAGUGAACCGCCAACGCCAGUAGUUACUCCUUUAGUGCCAAAGUUGAAGGUGAAAAUACCAAUUCAGUAUCUUACGCCGAUGGAGAGCGAAGAAUCCUCCGCUGAAAGUGACGACGAGGAAGAAGAGGAUGAGGAAGAGAAUGAAGAAGCGGAAGAUAAUGAAACAUAUGAAGAGGAAGAGGAAGCAAAUGAAGAGAUAAAAGAAGCAAAAGAGGAAAAUGAGAUCAAUGAUACUGUAGAAAAAGAAAUUGCAGCAAGUAGCGCAAUUAAUCAUUCGGAAACAUCAGCACAACAUCUUGUAGAGCAUGAACAACCAUUUGUCGAAAGCAAAAGCGACAACCAGCAUGAAUUGAAUCAGGCUUCAAAAUCACUUGAAAAUCUGGCAGAAGUUGCGGAAGACACAGUACUGCAGGAACCAGUUCCAAUGGAUAUCGAUGAAAGUCUUAUGAUAGAACGAAGACGAGAUGUUCCAACUAGAACAUCGCUUGAUCUAAAACCCUCGCUUGAAGUUGUUCCUUCUUUAGAAGAACCCUCCACAGUAGGAACAGAUAGAAAUGCGCCUGCGGAACAGCUGUCCAAUAGUCUGGAUGCUGAAAAGGGAGAUCUGGAAAAAUUGGAACCGGUUAAUAUUUUAACGAAUUCUCUUAAAAAUGAGACCAACGCAAGUGCAGUAUUCGAUGACGAUGGGAAAACAGAAAAGACAACUGCAAUGAACGAAAGCACAGAACAAUCGAUGACUGGCGAGGUAAGGUGUGAUUCAGCAUCAACUGUUGAUGAAUUUGGGACAUCCGGCAGUACUCAUCCAACCGACGCUUGUGCUGCAAAAGACCAAAUGGUCAUUGCCGAUAGUGACGCUCAACUAUUCACCCUUUCGCUAGAUGAACCUCUUGACCGCAUCUCUAUCCGAGAGUUUCUUAGGAUAUGUCUGCGUGAAACGGUUCCAUUCUGUCUGUAUUGCAACCAUGCCCGUCGUAUAGCCGUUAAUGGACGUCAGCUGGUCCUACACAUCAUCGCCAUGCAUCGGUUCCAGGCAACGGUCAACAGUAUCACGGGUGAAGAAUUGUUGCCCGAGACGAUUCUACAGCGUUUUCUUAACUCACUGGACGAGCUGGAAGCGGACCGUGCCUAUCUAAAUGUGGAGACCUUCGAUAACUCGUGGACGGUGGAGCAACGUACUGCGGUACCGUUUGUGAAGGUUUUCGAGUGUUUCCAGUGCCGCUUCGUAACGGUGGUGCACAAAGAACUGUACCUGCACAAUCGCAAGAUGCAUCAAAAGUCCGUGCUACUCUGUCUGAUGUGUAAAGGUAACUUUUUCAGCUACAGCGAACUACUGUGCCACAUGUGCCCGGGAGUAGCUAAUCACACUACCGCCUUGGAUUAUGUUUUUCGAUGCUGCGUGUGCAAUGUGGAUGGAAUUCCAUCCGCGUUUCGAUUAAUGGUGCAUCUGCGCAAACGGCACUACACCUGUGACGUUUGCUUGGAGGAGUGUCUCGAUCAGAGCCGCCUCUCGAACCAUGUGUGGAAGCAUAAACUGCAUCACCUGUGUUAUCGGUGUGGCAUCGGCUAUCGCAACAAGGCGGACAUAUUGAAGCAUCUGUUCUGGAAACAUGGUACAGAGGGUGUGUUAUGCAAGCGGUGUCUGCAGAAGAAGUGGCCCCACGUAUAUCAUUUCUGCGUUCCACCGGCUCAAUUCGUCUGCGAGGUAUGCCAGGCAACGUUUAAUCGCUCAGUAGCGUUAAAAGUGCACCGACGCCUGCACAAUGGUGAUGCUAAGUAUCCCUGUACUGAGGAUGGCUGUGAGAAGCGGUUCAUUUCGAAGAAGCUCUUGCUAAAGCACGUUGAACGGCAUUAUGUUGAAAAAACCGAGAUGGAAAAAGAGCAAAUCAAUAUCAACAUGGUAGAAAAUCCCCUUCCAAACGAUGACGAGGAAGCAAACGAUGUAAAACUAUCAUCGAACGAAGAUGCAGAGUUAGCGGGCGAAUUGAAAGAAUCGUCCAAUAUAGAUGCAGUAAAGACCGAACCACAAUUGAACCAUAUGGAGGAAAAUGUCGCUAUGAGCUUGGAGAAUCCAUCUUCGGAAGGGAAGUGUAACGAUGACGUUGGUGGCGAAUUAAACGACCGUUCUACGACAGAUUUAGCUGAGAAAGGAACGAUUAAAAGGGAGGAAACAGAAGAAUCAAAUAACACACUACUGCAGGAUCGCAAACACAACAACGAUGAAGAAAAUAACAAAGAGCAAGUACCAGGCACAUUAGCUGGAAAGGAAACUGCAACAGAUUACGUUACCACUGCCGAUGGUGCCGCAACAACAACGGACACGAAAGAUUUAUCAACACCGUUGAAGAAAUCCAAGAAAAAGCGAAAAGCUAAGGAUGACGAUAAGUCUGUAGUUGAUCUGAUGAAUUUGCCCGCUUUGAACCUUUCCGAGAGUGACAGUAGUGAUGAUUCGGAUAACGAAAAUUCUAAUGCUAGCUUGAGCUCCAGACGCUUUAUGGAUGUAACUGAAGCAGAAGGAGGUGAUCAACCGGAUGAUCUUAUGGAGUCUGUGCAAUUGUCAAAGACGGAAAGUGCUAAUGCUAUGGAUGUGGAGGAGAAUGUGAACGAUCAUGAUAAACCAGAAGACAGUAUCCCGCUACGACUGGAGAACGAAGCAAACGUAGAUGACGUUACAGAGCAACAAGAAAAUGCAUCUCAAGAGUUAACUGUUUCGUUGGAUCCGAUUGCAAAUAUAUGGAACAAUUUCAAACGCUAUCAGGCCAACCAUCGUACCGCCAGUCGGAAGCAGUCCGCAGAUGAAGAGCAGCGAUUAGAGGACGAAAUGGUCGAACGGAUGUUGAAAAGUACGAUUCUUCACGUUUCACAGUCGGAUCACGAUUACUGUAUGAUGUUUAAGCCCUUCACAUCGGAGGCAGAGCUGGAAGCGGAAUUACAAACCAAACCCCCGCAGGAGUCGCUUCUGUUGAAAGGAAAUCGCAUAUUUGAAGAAAGUACUGAUGAAGCACGCCCAACACCGGAAAUGAAGAACCGUGGUUCCAACAAACGCAAAGAUCAAUCGUCGGAUAGCGAAGAUAGCAGUGAUUCUGAUUCAAGCUGCGAGUGUGGCUCGAAUUGUAGUUGCAGCUCGAGUUCCAGCAACAGUUCCAGCUCCAGCUCGGAUGAUUCGGACAGCUCGGAUAACGAAGAUGCGAGGAAAGGAAAAAAGAAGACGCCCAUUUCUGAUCACUCCAAGAAGGAUGAAGAUGUCUCUGGAUUAACGGGCGCCGAAGUUCAGACAGAGCAAGAGGAAGUAGAAGAACUGCCACCACCAGAACCGGUUGAUCCGGACAGUGUGAUUGUGGACUCGGACUUGUACACGGAUGAGUCAGAAACAGACGAAGAAUUUUACGACGAACAUCCACAAAAGCUUGCCAAUCAACUGCUGGCAGAAAAGCGCCGUCAACUGCUGGCACAGACAGGUGCAUCGAAUGCCAUGAUGAACUACGGCAUGGUUGAAAAUAGUCGGCCAUCGACACCCUCGCUUCCGCCGGAGGAGAUGGUGCAAGGGAAGAAAAAAAUCAAACCGAAGAAACGCAAACGCGACCGGAAGUCUUCGAAACGCUUAAUGUCACCGGCGAGUGCAGUCGUAGAACAAUCGGUGCCGGUCACCACUACAGUCGCAACACCCACGAUGGAUGUUGCGUCCUAUAUACCCCAACAUGUUGCUUACCAUUGGCCAGCAGGUGAGCAGCAAAUAUCUAAUUAUGCUCAGAACGCUUUCAUCGAUGCAAAUUCUUCGAAUAUUGCUCUGCCAGCAGUUCCACAUCUUCAUCAGCAGCCGUUAAUACCCCCAGUGAUGGCUCCUUUAGAGACACCGCCCAUGCUGUCGUCGACAGCUGUGCAAUCCGUACAGCCAACACAAGCCGCUAAUGAUAUGGGGAAAAUCAGUGCCCCACGUCUUAGCACGGGCAACAGUUCGGAAUCGGACGCGCCGUUAAAGCGAUCGCAACGUAGUCGAAAGCCGAACAAAUUUUAUGGAUAUACGAGUGAUGAUGAAAGUGCGGGCACCUCGUUACCCCUUCCAUCGGGCAUCACACUGUCGACGAAUCCGGAAAAGUCGAUCCUUUCACUGAUGAAGCCAACACCACCACCGAACCUAGUGUGGAGCAAGGAGGAUCUUCCAUCACCUCCAACCAAAUCCAGCAAGACGACAGGGAGCGGGGCUGGCGGUAGUAGCAAGGUGUCAUCCGCUCAACGGCGCAGUGUCGAUCAUCUGACACCGGUAUCGUCGCGUAGAAACUCUGGUACUGGUAUGUCGCAGGACGAGCUAAGCGUUGUGCCGCCUACGAUAGCGCUGAUCGAACAGCAACCGAUCAUCUAUCCACUGCAGAUACCAACGACAAUGGUUAGCACCUUGCUACCAGGGUCGGAUGUAACUACACCAACCGCCCAAAAUCAUCCUCCGCUCCCGAAAUUGAAACUGUCGCUAGGCAAAAAAGCUUCCGUUGCCACCGUUACACCGAAAGGUGUAAAGCAAGCUAGUACUAGCAGGCGCCGCAAGCCAACGCCCAAAACACCGAAAGUGAAAACGCCCAAGUCUGCACCCCCGGUGGUUCCAAAUUUGCAAACUUCAAUGACACUACCGAUGACCAGCGUAGGAUCGGGACCGCUGUCUGCUCCACUCGUACCAUCUGCAGGCGCCUUGUAUCAAGUACCAUCCGUAGCAGAAUCACGACCGAAAAUUCCACCUAUCGGAUCGUUUCCCAGCAUACAGACGAACCUGUUCCGACCGAAUCAGAUCCGCGUACCGGCAGGAUGGCGUGCGCCGAAGGAGGGCGAAUCCGUGUACUGUUACUGCCGCGCUCCAUACGAUGAGGUAUCGGAGAUGAUCGCCUGCGAUGAUGACAACUGUCGCAUCGAAUGGUUCCACUUCGAAUGCGUCGGUAUCAUUAUGCCACCGAAGGGCAAGUGGUACUGUCCGGACUGUAAGCUCAAGCAGGUCCAGUCGGGAGUGGUGAUGCCGUCGGACGUCGAAGGUGAGCAGGAAGCGUCGAAAAGUUCAACGCUAUUCCCGGCUGGAGGUGGAGAUCAGGGAAUGUCUUCCUUAGCAGUAGCGACGUCAACCAAUGGGUCCAGCUUAGCACAACCAUCUUCUGCCUACAGCCACUGGGGUCAACAGCCAUAGUUUGAAGGUCGGAUAUGCGUGGUAGCGCUAGAAAUAAACACGCUUAUUAAGUAAACUACAAGGAUCGACGAGUAUGUUGCGCGCGCUGUAUGGCGAGCCUAGCAUUCGUUGUUUAGCUUUAUGAUUUGUGGUAUGUUAGGCUUAGACUAGGCUAAGAGCUACUGUACUUUUUGUGGUAGGGCGAUUGGCUUAUGAUACACGUAGUUACGAUAGUGUAGCAUUAUCGGCAAUAGAUCGCUACUGUUGGAACAUGAUGAGACGAGCAAACGGGAAUGUGGAGAGCAAGCGGCGCCAUACCCAGUAACCACCAUCCUUGUGCACCUGUUUCAUGGUAGUGAUUUAACAGACACAGCAUUCAUUGUAGCUAUAUAUAUCUGUGUGUGUGUGUGUGGAUGUGAGGCGCGUGUGUGUGUGAUAUAGCAAUUCCUAGCAGAGUGAGAUGGUGAAGAAAAAAAAACAAAACAAAAAACAUGGCGUUUACUUAUAUUGCGUGCACUGAACAGGGAAAAGAAACACUAAAAAAAAAUAACAAACAUAAGCGCUACUGAAAUAGUGUGAUUACGAAGGAAAGUAGGUACUAGCAUGCGGAGCUGUAUGAUCGUUGUUUCAAAAUAGUUUCCUUUUUAUUCCUUUCGAUUUGCUCCCUUACUGCACUGACAAAACACGGCAAGAGCGAUAGUUGGGAGUCAAAGGAAUAAUGUUUGAUCUCUGCGCACUGAUUUAGUGAGGGAAUAAAUUUAUGAAGCCAACUUU